GUACAUCUCUUACUUGACUUUCAAUUCACAACAAAAUGCAUAAACAGGAACAGAGAGUGAUAAUCGUUGGAGCAGGUCCUUCAGGCCUCUCUGUAGCAGCAUGCCUCACAAAACACUCUGUUCCCUACACAAUCCUUGAAAGAGAAGAUUGUUGUGCUUCUCUGUGGAAGAAACAUUCAUACGAUCGUCUACACCUUCACCUCAAAAAGCAAUUCUGCGAGCUUCCCCACAAGCCAUUCCCACCUUCUUUUCCUCCAUAUGUCCCCAAGAAUCAGUUCCUGCAGUACCUUGAUGACUACGUUUCUCACUUCAGAAUCACUCCUCUGUACUGCAGAUCCGUGGUGGAUGCAGAGUAUGGUGAUGAUGAUGAGAAAUGGAAGGUCAAGGCGAGGAAUGGGGACUCCGGUGAGGUUGAGGAAUAUGAAGGGAGGUUUCUGGUGGUGGCUACCGGAGAAACCAGCGACCCUUUUGUGCCGGAGGUUGAAGGGUUGAGGAGUUUUCCAGGGAGGGUGCUUCACUCUACAAAGUUCAAGUCUGGGAAGGAGUUCAAAGAUGAGCAAGUUCUGGUUGUUGGGUCUGGGAAUUCCGGCAUGGAAAUCGCAUUGGACCUGCACAAUCACGGUGCUCAAACAUCCAUUGUGGUUCGAAGCCAGGUUCAUGUUCUAUCGAAGGGGAUGGUGAAUUUGGGGCUUUUUCUGUUGAAGUAUUUAUCGUUAAGCACGGUGGAUUCACUAAUGGUGAUAGCUAGCAAGAUGGUUUAUGGGGAUAUCACCAAUUAUGGUAUUGCAAGGCCCAAUGAGGGUCCCUUUUGCAUGAAGGUCAAGUACGGCAAAUACCCUGUUAUUGACACUGGAACCAUUCACAAAAUCAAAUCUGGAGACCUAAAGGUAUUACCAUCUGAAAUAGAAUACGUGAGAGACAAGAAUGUCCUAUUAAAAAAUGGCGAAUUACACCCAUUUGACUCUAUUAUUUUCUGCACCGGCUUCAAGAGAUCAACUCACAAGUGGCUUAAGGGGGAUGAUUACCUUUUGAAUGAUGAUGGCCUUCCGAAGCCAAGCUACCCGAUGCAUUGGAAGGGAAAGAAGGGUUUGUAUUGCGUUGGACUGUCAAGGAGAGGUUUGUAUGGAGCUGCCGCAGAUGGUGAAAAUAUAGCAAAUGAUAUAAUUAGUUCCAUAAUGCAAAAUUAAUCCUGUUUUCAAAUCUUAUUAUAUAUAUGUAUUAAGACAAACGUGAAGUGGAAAUAUUGUCUUGGUGUUAUACGUUCCACACUACAUUCACACUCGGAUCAAUUAAAAUCCUCUUAUGUAUAAAUUCUCUCAUGUUAAAAAAUUAUGUUUAUGGAAUUUUACAUCACAAA